AUGGAGAUGGUAGACAUUCAAACACCAUGUCCAAUUGACCCCGCUGUUAUUCGAAUUAUGGGACACACUCAAUUCAUCAACUGUCGAAAAUGUAUCCACGGUGACCUACUCAACUCUCCCCUCACCAUCGACGACAAUGGCAUGAUAAUCCCCAACGAGGAGUGUAGUCCCAAUGCCCAAGUGACAGAUCUCGAGAACCAUAUCAUCGCUCCUGGUUUCAUCGACUUACAAAUAAACGGUGCCUUGGGCUUUCAUUUCACAGAAUAUGUCAGUCCUAUCCAUUACCAAGACGGUGUACGGAAAUUGUCGCAUUAUCUUCCAAGCACAGGAGUAACUGCUUUUUACCCCACAGUACCUACCGUUGAACCUGACGUCUUCCACAAUGUCCUACCGUUUUUAAGACCGUUUGAUUCAGCCAAUGGUGCGAGUGUUUUAGGUGCGCAUGUCGAAGGACCGUUCCUGGCUCCCAGUAAGAAAGGUGCUCAUAACGCGAAGAAUUUACAUAUUCCCGAGUCAUCAUCGCUUGAAAGUGUCUAUGGUGAACACAAUCUCAACACUGCCAUUAAGCUUGUGACUAUGGCCCCAGAACUACCUGGCGCAUCGAAAUUUAUCUCGUUAUUGACACAUCUCUAUGGUAUCAAGGUGAGUAUGGGACACAGUGCAGCUAGUUACGAUGAGGGACUCGCGGGUAUAAGGGCUGGUGCAAAGCUUUUGACGCAUACAUUUAAUGCUAUGAAUCCUUUGCAUCAUAGAGAACCUGGCUUGGCUGGUAUUAUAUCAAGUGGGACUGUAUAUUUCUCAUUGAUCGCCGAUGCUAUUCAUCUCCACCCAUCAAUCAUCUCCCUCGCCUACCACGCCCGUCCCAACAAAGCCAUCCUAAUAACCGAUUCCAUCGAGCUCUCCGGACUCCCCGACGGUACCUACCCAGGGCAUCCCCAAAUCCCAAAACCCCAACUCAAAACCGGAAAUAAAGUUACCAUUGCCGGAACGGAAACCCUAGUAGGCACUUGUAUCUCGCUAGAUGAAUGUGCGAGGAAUCUUACAGAAUGGGCACAAAUACCUAUUCAGAAGGCCGUAAUGACUGUUACGGAAAAUGUGGCCGAUGCAAUGGAUUUGUCGUCUAGAGGGAAGCUGGAAGUUGGUAGGAGGGGUGAUUUUGUGGUUAUGAAUGAAAUGGGAGAGUUGAGGGAGACUUGGAUUUUGGGGAAGAAGGUGUGGAGUAUGAAUUGA